AUGAGCACCACCGAUUCUCUCCGCGACACGAUUCGAGACGCGCCUCUGGGACAGAUCCUCAGAUUCGUCACCAAUAAUCGCCUCUUCAAAUAUCCAGAAGAACAUCCAGAGUUUGAGCUGCCUGCUGCCUGGAAUCAUAUACUCAACAGUGCCGAUGCCAGAACAGUAUGCCACACUGGAACGGAUACCCCCUCGACCAUCGUCAAUCCGACACCCGAUCAAAAUACCAUUGAGGGUCUAGAUCUUGAGAGCAAAGGUUCAGACGCCGGCGGACCUGCUGAUGCCUCUCCCAAUGUCACCGACAAUGGAGUCAUUCUAGUUGACUGGUACUCGGAUACAGAUCCCGCCAACCCACAGAACUGGUCGAACCGUCGUCGGGCCCUCGUUGGCUUGAUCAUCUGCUUCUACACAUUCGUUGUAUAUCUCAGUUCAGCUAUAUACUCACCCUCUGUUGAGGGCGUCAUGGAGAAGUUUGGGGUCAGCAACCUAGAAGCAACGCUCGGUCUUGCUAUGUACGUUCUGGGAUAUGGCAUAGGUCCACUGUUGUUUUCCCCCCUUGGGGAAAUCCCUCGUAUCGGUCGCAAUCCUGUCUACAUCGUUACUUUCGGGAUUUUUGUUGUCAUUUCCAUUCCGACCGCUUUGGUCGAUUCGUUCGCAGGACUCAUCGUAUUACGCUUUCUGCAAGGGUUCUUCGGAUCUCCAUGCUUGGCGUCAGGUGGUGCGUCGUUGGGCGAUAUGUAUGGGAUGAUACAUAUGCCCCUGGCUAUGAUUGCUUGGGUUGGUGCUAUGUCUUGUGGCCCCUCUCUUGGCCCUUUGAUUAGUGCGUACGCCGUUACAGCGAAGGGGUGGCGUUGGUCUUUGUAUGAAUCAAUUUGGGUCUCAGCACCAGUACUCAUCGCUCUGCUCAUCUUCAUGCCAGAGACCAGCGCCCCUAACAUCCUCCUUCGCCGAGCCGAAAGAUUGCGUCGAGUUACCGGUAGCCAGAGCCUUAAAUCUCAAAGCGAGAUCGACCAGACACAUCUUACUGUCUCAGGUAUAGCUAUAGAGGCCUUGAUCAAGCCCAUCGAAAUCACCAUCAAAGAUCCAGCAGUUUUAUUUGUACAGAUAUACUCGGCUAUUCUCUACGCUAUAUACUACUCUUACUUCGAGGUCUUCCCAUUGGUCUUUCCUGUCUACUAUGACAUGACUCUUGGGGAGGUUGGCCUUGUGUUCAUCUGUAUCGCCGUUGGAUGCAUUUUGGCCAUCAUUCUAUACGGGCUAUAUCUAUAUUACGUGCUCAUACCCCGAAUGACGAAGUUUGGCAUCGCUCAGCAAGAAGAGGUGCUCACGCCUGGACUUGCUGCAUGCUUCGGUCCGACAAUCGGCCUGUUCAUAUUUGCUUGGACGGCUAGGGCUUCCAUACACUGGAUCGUGCCGGUUAUUGGAGUCACAAUCUAUGCUGGUUCGAUCUUCACAGUGCUACAAGUAGUGUUCCUUUAUGUCCCCGUGACUUACCCUCAAUAUUCUGCUUCAUUGUUCGCAGCGAACGACUUCUUUAGAAGUGCCUUAGCCAGCGGCAGUAUUCUUUUUGCUCAUCCGCUCUACAAGAACCUUGGCUUUGCAAAGGGCACAAGCCUUCUAGGAGGUCUGAGCGUCAUUGGCAUAUUUGGCAUGUGGAUUUUAUUCUUCUACGGCGCGAAGCUACGAGCCCUCAGCAAGUUCGCUACGUAA